AUGAGCGAACAACCAAAGGAACAAACCUCAACAACCGCAGAGAACCAACUUGAGGAAAAUACAAAAAAACAUCCACUCGAAAAUUCGGAAGAUGGCGGGAAGAACAAACUAACAAGAAGAGAGGAAAAUCUCUCACGUUCGAUAUUUACUAUUAAACAAAGAAAAUGUACGAAUGGUUCCGAUGUUGGAAUUAUGUGGGAUUUGACUGCUACUUAUCUUCGUGGAUUUGAUGGGGAAGGAGUUACAUUUAAACUUGAAGAAAAGGAUGGUCAUGAUGACACAAGUCCAAUUAUUGAAUUUUAUGGUUCGAGAAAUUUUCUUUCUAAAUUUCCAACCAAUGAAAUUACCUUGAUGGGAAGGAAAGUUUUAACUAGUUCACUUGUAAAGCUGAAUUUGAGUUGUAAUGAUAUUACAGAAUUUCCACCAUUGAAGGAAUUGGUUAAUUUACGUGAAUUAAUGUUAUCUAAUAAUAAGAUUACGGAAAUGAAUAAUCCUGAUUUGCAAUAUUGUAAAAAUUUAAGAAGAUUGGAUUUAAAGAUUAAUAGAAUUAACAAGAUUCAAUACUUACCACUCCCUGAAGAUAAUGCUACAUCCAACAAAUUGGAAUAUCUUUCUCUGAGUUCAAAUCAAAUUAGCGAAAUUCCAGAAGAAGAAAUUAGAAAAUGUGGAAAUAUCAAACAUUUAGGAUUUUAUGGAAAUCUGAUAACAACACCUUUGGAAACACUCUUAGACUUUAUUUCCCAAUUUUGCCAACAGUCACUUUCAGAAUUAUGGCUUCAAUCCAAUCCAAUCACUCCAGUUGACUCUGUCAUUGCAGAUGAAAAUGUAAUUGGCUGUCACAGUCGUUUCGCAAAUCCAGAACGUGUCCAACAAAGAGUUGAUGAAAUGACUCUUGUUCACCUCAAACUCCCAUCCCUCUGCUAUUACAAUGGUCAAUACUUGGUCAACAAAUCUCCAUCUUCAACCACUUCCCAAAAUUGAGAAUUUUACAAUGCAUUCAAAUCCUUACUUGAGAAAUCUUCCUAAUCUUUCACUACUAGGACGACACGUAUUUUCGAAAUUCCCUUUCUAAAAACAUUCAAAUUAAAUGAUCAUUAUCUUACCAACUGCCUAAGAACACGUUUUGAAAGUUAUUAAUACUUGUUAAUAUUUAAAUAAAAAUACACAACAACUUGUUCU